UCUCGGCGGGCGGGAGAGGAGCGCGGUGGCCGCAGUCCCGUCCCAUUCCUGCGGCGGUCGCUCUUCGCUCCCCCACGCCGUGGCUGGGCCGCGGGGGCUUAAGUGCCGCCCCCGCUCCGCCCGCCGUCGCGCAGUCAGUGCAACUGGUGCCUCGCAGCCCCGCGGCACCAGGCUAGCCGUUGUUCCGCCUCGUCCUGCUCCUCUUCCUCCCGCUGCUCACAGUCCUCUUCCCGGCCUGUCCCGCUAGGCUGCCCGGAGCGCCAGGGGCGGCCUGCUGCUGUCGCCAUGCAGAUCACACUGAAGACGCUGCAGCAGCAGACCUUCCACAUCGACAUCGACCCCGAGGAGACGGUGAAGGCACUGAAAGAGAAGAUUGAAUCAGAAAGGGGGAAAGAUGCUUUUCCAGUAGCUGGCCAAAAGCUAAUUUAUGCAGGUAAAAUCCUUAAUGAUGAUACUGCUCUUAAAGAAUACAAAAUAGAUGAGAAGAACUUUGUGGUGGUUAUGGUGACAAAACCCAAAGCAGCUGCUGGAGCCACUCAGCAGUCAGAUGCUACUACUGCUGCGAGCUCGACAACCGCAGCUCCCGCACCAGCUACAGCACCAAUCCCUGCUGCUGCCCCUGUGCCAGGUCCUGUCCCUCCACCACCAGCCCCAGAUGUAGUUGCUUGUGAAUCUACACCUGUGAGUGCUCCUGAAGAAGAGAACCCAGCAGAAAAACCACCUGAGGCACCGGCUACUGUCAGCCCAUCAUCAACUGACAGUACAACAGGUGAUACAUCUCGAUCAAAUCUUUUUGAGGAUGCUAUAAGUGCACUUGUGACAGGCCAGUCCUAUGAGAAUAUGGUGACUGAGAUCAUGUCAAUGGGCUAUGAACAAGAACAAGUAAUUGCGGCGCUGAGAGCCAGCUUCAACAAUCCUGACAGAGCGGUGGAAUACCUUUUAAUGGGUAUACCUGGAGAUAAUCAGGCUGUAGCUGAACCUCCUCAAGUAGCAAGUACUGGUGCCUCUCAGUCUUCAUCAGUGUCAGCAUCAGUAGCAGCUAUACCUACGACUACUAGUUCAUUAGGAGGGCAUCCACUUGAGUUUUUACGAAAUCAGCCUCAGUUCCAGCAGAUGAGACAAAUUAUUCAGCAAAAUCCUUCUCUGUUACCAGCAUUGCUACAGCAGAUUGGACAGGAAAAUCCUCAACUACUGCAGCAAAUAAGUCAACACCAGGAACAUUUUAUUCAUAUGUUGAAUGAGCCAGUUCUAGAGUCCCGCCAAGGUGUAAGUGGCAAUGAUGAUGGUGUCAGCACUGGAGGAAUAGUGGCAGAAUCUGGAAGUGGUCGUAUGAACUACAUUCAAGUAACACCUCAGGAAAAAGAGGCUAUAGAAAGGUUGAAGGCAUUAGGAUUUCCUGAAGGACUUGUGAUACAGGCAUAUUUUGCUUGUGAGAAGAAUGAAAACUUGGCUGCCAACUUUCUUCUACAACAGAACUUUGAUGAAGAUUGAGAGACACUUUUUUAUUUCACACCUCACACCAGUGCAUUACACUAACUUUGUUCACUGGAUUGUCUGGGAUAUUUGGGCUUAUAUUCAUAAUGCUUGGUAUAUGGGGCAGGGAGGAGAAGAGAAUAUGGGAAACAAAAGCAAAGGAAGCAGCAAGUAUGUCUGCUUUAAAUUAGCAGAUGGAGGGAAUCACAGAGUGUAAAAUAAUAUACAACCAAAAAUCAGCUUCUGCAGAUAAUUAGUUCCUUCUAUAAACUGUAGGCUAACUUUUCCUAGGUUUUCGGUCUUACUGUACUAGUUCCAGAAACUUAGUGUAAUGCCCUGCUUCAUGUUCCUUCCUACUUAGUAUUGGUACUGGAAGUAGCCUGUGCUACCUAGAUUCUACAAUCUGUAUUUCAUGGCAAUACUGGGUAGCAGCUUUGUGAAAUCUAAAGCAUCUGAGCAAAUGUAAACAUGAAUGCCAAAAUAUGGGUAGUUAUUUUGCUUUUUCAGUGUGUUAAAGUAGUGCAAGAAGCACAACAUUUUGUUUAAUGCUGGAUUAAAACAAUGUUGGCUGCUUUUUUACAAGUGAAGACCCAUUUCAGUUAAAAGUGUCUUGAUCAUUGAGAAACACCACCUCCUCCUUUGCCCCCCUCAAAUGAUCUGAGAAGCUAUCUACAUACACAUAAAAUUAUUAUCCUGUUUACAUCUUUCUGGGAAAAAUGAUAGAUAUCUAAUUACUGUUCACUUCAAUGUUAUGUUGCAGUAAGUUUUAAAAAGCAAUAGAUUGCAUGUUUGGUUUUGGUAUAUGCAUUCUUGUGAAAAGAAUAUUCUUUUUCUGACAGCAAACAAAAUGCAAGCUUAAUUUUUGUCCACAGCAAUGAGACUUUAUCAAAUCAAAUUUCAAAUCAAGUUUCACCUUCCUACCUUUGUUGAACCACUUUUUACAGUACAUCUGUAAGCAUCUGAAGAUAUAGAUCUGUUACUCUUUCAUAGAUUGUAAUGAUAGAGCUGUUUCUGUUCAGUAAGGACUUUUGGAUUUCUUCACUUCGUGAGGAAGAGAAGUUCAUAACUCGAGAUACCAAGCAAACAAUCAAGUUACUCCAGCCCAAAAGAAUCUACACUCAUACUUUUCUAUUGAAAAUAUGUUCUGGUUAUGGAGUUUUGAAUCUUACUUCUUGGUACCUGCUUGUCAUUUAUUUUGCUUUGUCAUCAUAAAAUGUAGCAAUCUUUCUUUUAAUAUACAUUGAGUUUUAGAGACAAUUUUGCCCAUCCUUGCAGUGCUAGCAAUGAAAACAAAUUCCAGUUUAAUCGAAAGCUGUUGUGUUCCUGAACACAGUUCCUGAACAGAGCUUGGGGAUAUUUUGAGUUCUUACUGUUGUACACCAAUUACCUGGAUUACAAAUGUGUCUCACAAAAGUGUGUUACCACUAGUAAAUAUUACUACUGGUACAGCACAGAGCUGUUGUAUCACUAAUGAUACUGAUAAUUCAGUGGUACAACUAAAAAAUCGUUUUCUGCUUAGGUUGGGUAAUUAAGUAGUUAAUCCACUGAUACUACUUAAGCUCAAAGUACAAGUCAAGUGUCUUGAGAAAAGAAAGUGAGAACGACUGAAAUGUUUGUAUUUUCUUUCUUCAUUGUUUGACUGUAAUCUGUUAAAUAAUUAUCUGCACAAAAUAGUAAAAUGUAUUAAAGCUUUUUUCUUUCUA